CUGGAAUAUUCCCAUCAGCCUACAAGUGAAGACGAGCAUCAAACCAUCAGAAGAGCUGAAAUCUGCAAAGACAGAGUUUAUUGAAGGACAGUGAGAACAUGAGAGAUCCAGAACACUGCAGAAUGAAACACACUGAAGAACAAAGAGACAUGAUGCUGGAGAAUGAGGAGGGUGCAGAGAAGAAACAUCAUGUCGAAAAUGGAAAAGAAACUGGCUUGCAGAUUGAAAGUAUUUCUUUACUGAAAAAAAGAGACAAGAAAUGUUUCACCUGCCGUCAGUGUGGAAAGAGUUUCGCAUACAAACAGAGACUUGAGGUUCACAUGAGGGUCCACACUGGAGAGAAACCGUUCACAUGUGAUCAGUGUGGAAAGAGUUUCACAAACAAAAAGAAUCUCAAGGAUCACAUCUUAGUCCACACUGGAGAGAAACCAUUCAAAUGUGAUCAGUGUGGGAAGGAUUUUAAACAACAAGGACAUCUUAAGGAACACAUAAAAAUCCACACAGGAGAGAAACCGUUCACAUGUGAUCAGUGUGGAAAGAGUUUUAAAUACAAAAAGAGUCUCAAGAUUCACAUGAUGAUUCACACUGGAGAGAAACCAUUCGCAUGUGAUCAGUGUGGAAAGAGUUUUGCACAUCAAGUUCACCUUAAUGAACACAUGAACAUCCAUACUGGAGAGAAACUGUUCACAUGUGAUCAAUGUGGCAAAACAUUUUUGUGGGCUUCAGGCCUGAAGAUCCACCUGAAAGUUCAUUCAAAGGAGAAACCACAUUCAUGUUCUUUGUGUGGAAAGAGUUUUUUGCAUCUGCAAAAUUUAAAAGUUCAUCAGAAAAGACAUACUGGUGAAAAAGCUUAUGUGUGUUUUGAGUGUGGGAAGAGUUUUAUUACAAUUGGAGAUUUGAAAAUGCACCAGAGAAUACACACUGAAGAGAAACCUCACAAGUGUUCACACUGCGACAAGAGAUUCAGUCAGUCGGCACAUCUGAAAACACACGAGAGGAUCCACACUGGAGAGAAACCUUACAAGUGUUCACACUGCGACAAGAGAUUCGGUUAUUUAGGAGACCUGAAAAAACACGAGAUGAUUCAUACUGGAGAGAAACCUUACAAGUGUUCACACUGCGACAAGAGAUUCAGUCGGUCAGAACAUCUGAAAAAACACGAGAUGAUUCACACUGGAGAGAAACCUUACAAGUGUUCACACUGCAACAAGAGAUUCAGUCGGUCAGACCUUCUGAAAACACAUGAGAGGAUCCACACUGGAGAGAAACCGUAUCACUGCACUGCAUGUGGGAAGAGUUUCAUCCGAUCAUCUGCUCUACACAGUCAUACAAAAAACAAUCACAGCGACAGCGUUGUCAAACUCAUCCCCUGAACGAAAGCUGACAACUAAUUCUUCAGAACUCCUCCAGGAAGCGGACAAACAAUUUGAGUUAAAAAUUCAGGACACGAACAAAGCAUCAGAUGAGAAGACCGAGUGGAGAUCAUAUCAGAAUCAAAUGGGUUAUCAGCUUCAUUCAAGCCAUCUAACUACUCUCAUCUCAUUUUUAUUUCUUUUACUUAGUUUCUUUUCUUUUCCAUUGAGAGUCUUGUGUUUUAAGUUAAGUUUUGCCCCAAAGUUUAGUCCACAACUCUAUUGUUUUGCCCGCCUGAAACUUCAACUCCACUCAUCUGUUCAUCCAACAACACACCAGAAUGUGAUUGGCUUCCCGAGACGUCACUUCAGACACGACUAACCCUCAGCGAAUCAAUGAACUGGGGAAAUCCCUUUCAGUAAGGACGCUACAGAUCAAAGACACACAAAAAAAGCAAGAAAUGCCUCCAAUUCUUGCCAAAUUGGUGCAUUGAUAUAAAUUUAAUAACCCCUCCUAAGAAAUGAUAGAAGGAUUAACUUAAUGAUUGAUUGUUCGUUCAAGUCAUGUUUAUAAAGUGCAUAGGCAUAUAGUGUUAGAAACAUGGAUUUUCAUCAUUUCACUCUCUUUCUUUCUUUCUGCAACUCAUGUGAAUGUGUGUGCGCAUGUGUUUGUGUUAUGUAUUAGUUUUUUGUGUUCGAAUAAUCAAUAAAGUCUCAUUUGUAUUGCA